GAGAAGCCAAUCAGCGUCGCCGCAGUCUCAGUUCUAAAGUCCCCACUCACCCACCCGGGCUCACAGUCUCCUCAGACGCCGAGAUGCGGGUGAUGGGGCCCCGAACCUUCUUCCUGCUGCUCUCGGGGGCCCUGGCCCUGACCGAGACCUGGGCCGGCUCGCACUCCUUGAGGUAUUUCAGCGCCGGCACGUCCCGGCCCGGCCGCGGGGAGCCCCGCUUCAUCGCCGUGGGCUACGUGGACGACACGCAGUUCGUGCGGUUCGACAGCGACGCCGCGAGUCCAAGGGUGGAGCCGCGGGCGCCGUGGGCGGAGCAGGAGGGGCCGGAGUAUUGGGAAGAGCAGACACGGAUCGCCAAGGACCUCACACAGUCUUGCCGAGUGUACCUGCGGACCCUGCCCGGCUACUACAACCAGAGCGAGGAGGGGUCUCACACCUUCCAGUGGAUGGCUGGCUGCGACCUGGGACCUGACGGGCGCCUCCUCCGCGGGCAUCACCAGUUCGCCUACGACGGCAAGGAUUACAUCGCCUUGAACGGGGACCUGCGCUCCUGGACCGCUGCAGACAGGGCGGCUCAGAUCACCCAGCGCAAGUGGGAGGCGGCCCGCGAGGCAGAGCAUUGGAGAGCCCACCUGGAGUGGACGUGCGUGGAGUGGCUCCGCAGAUACCUGGAGAACGGGAAGGAGACACUGCAGCGCGCGGGUACCAGGGGCAGUGGGGAGCCUUCCCCAUCACCUCUAGAUCGCCCGGGAUGGCCUCCCAUGAGGAGGGGAGGAAAAUGGGAUCAGCGCUAGAAUGUCGCCCUCCCUUGAAUGGAGAAAGGCAUGAGUUUCCCUGAUUUCCUCUGAGGGCCCCCUCUGCUCUCUAGGACAAUUAAGGGAUGACGUCUCUGAGGAAAUGGAAGGGAAGACAGCCCCUGGAAUACUGAUCAGAGGUCCCCUUUGACCCCUGCAGCAGCCUUGGGCACCGUGUAUUUUUCUCUCAGGCCUUGUUCUCUGCCUCACACUCAAUGUGUUUGAAGGUCUGAUUCCAGCUUUUCUGAGUCCCUCGGCCUCCACUCAGGUCAGGACCAGAAGUCCCUGUUCCUCCGUCAGAGACUAGAACUCUCCAAGGAAUAGGAGAUUAUCCCAGAUGCUUGUGUCCAGGCUGGUGUCUGGGUUCUGUGCUCCCUCCCCCACCCCAGGUGUCCUGUUCAUUCUCAGGAUGGUCACAUGGGUGCUGCUGGAGUGUCCCAUAGGAGAUGCAAAGCGCCUGAAUUUUCUGACUCUUC